AUGAGCUUCGCAUUGCCUUACGGGUCGUUGUCUGCUCGGCCGAGUCCCAGCAGACGAUCUUUGGACUGGGAACACGAGCGGCUGGCAGUGCGAAGGCUUUCCUCACCGCGGGGUCUCGAUCUGCUCUCUCCGCCUCCUCUUCCUCGCCGGCCCUCUGCGAUCCCCGGCUACCUGCUGCCCUCUUACCAAGAGCAGGAGGAGCAGCUCCACCAGCAGCAUCAGCGACUUUCCUUGUCCAUCGGCUCAGAGGCCUCCCUGGCUCCUCCGGCACCUCCACCUGUGGGCGCCGUCCCACCUUGCUGCCGCCCGGUGGGAGUCAUGCACCUCCUGCGCUUAGGUCUCCUGGCGUUCAGCUGCCUCUUCUGGGCAGCAGGCUUGGCCAUCUUCACCCUGGGUGUUUGGGCACAGAUUUCCCUUGCUGACUUCAUGCUGCUGUCUGCCAAUCGCUACCCCAACGCCCCAAUCAUCCUUCUGUCCACAGGGGCUGCUGUCACCAUCUGGGGCUUCCUGGGUUGCCUUGGGGUGGCUGCGAAUCUUCCCUGUGUUCUUAGGGCUUAUGGGUUCUUCCAACUUGCUGCACUUGUUGCCGGUUUGGCAGCUGGCCUCUCAGGUCUCUUCUAUCGCGAAGACAUUGCCGGAGGAUUUCGCAGUGGCCUACAGCGAGCGGUUGCCGGCUAUACCGAAGAUGAAGGGCGUGCGGAUGCAUUAGAUAGCCUGCAGAGGGCCCUGGAGUGCUGUGGAGCUGAGGGUUGGCGUGACUGGCUCACUUCGGACUGGGCUUUCCAGCAUAUGACCUUCCUGCCCAAUGAGAACGGCAGCUCGGUGUCCUUGCCGGACAGCUGCUGCAUGAGGCGCAAGGGCUGCAAGAACCGACCUCUCCUGUCAGACUAUGUUGAAGAAGUUGAAGCUGCAGGAAUCCAUCCACACGGCUGCUUCCGCAAAGUCUUCAGCUUGGUCAACGACAACGUCUUCCACAUUGCUGCCACUGUGUUAGGACUGGCCUUUACCCAAAUCGGAGGCAUUGCACUGGCUUGUCUGCUGGCCAACAAAAUGACACCGAGACAACAUCGGCGUGUUGUGGCACAUUAAUGGUUAACUUUUAAAAAUAGCAACGCCUACUAAAGUUUAACCAAUUGGUUUGAUUGGGAAUGAAUUACACCUUAGGAGUCAUAGAGUUGCAGAGCGGGGAUAGUUAUUUUGAGCAUCCAAUUUCCAUUGAUAUUCUGCGUAGACAGGUCAAGUAACCAGCAUGUUAAAACCUUUCAAUGCUUGGAUUAGUGUAAACUCUCCUGAUGGAAAAGUUAGCAAAUUCUUUAAAACAUCUUGUUCUCUGAGAAAACUAAGUGUCAGCCAUUGGACACCAGCCCUCAACUUUAACCCCUGUUGAGUAUUUCAUUGUGAGAAAAAGAACUUUCUAAAAAUCAAACAAGAAGAAGCAAAGUUUCAUAACUUGAUUCUGGUCCUACAUUCAACUUGAAAUCCAUUAACUUUUAGUUUCUGGGUCAAUAAAGAUGAAAAGAGAAACACCAUAUGUUUUUAUUCAAAAUUGUGAACAUGUACCCUGAAUUUUUGUUUGCCAUGUCAAAUCUCUUUUUUUUUUAUAAUCCAAGCAUAGAAACAUUUAGGAUGAUGGUCAUAAACACAGGUUAUGCAAAAGUAUAAUUUGUUCCAAUGUAGAGUAACAUAGGACCAUGUAGGAUAUAAUUACUGUAAAAUUGUGGUGCUUUAGUGGUUCAAAAAGCAAAUUUCGCAACCUGGAACUCCUCAUACUUUGCAAGUCUCUUACACUGACUGAUUGCCAGAUUGGGCAGCUGAACUGUAAAUAUAAGAAAAAGGUGGUUGGCAGUACAUUGAGCUUUUGCCCCCUGAUGAACAAUGCAGCUUUGUAAAAUAAUUGUGUAAAUAUAUGCAUGGGUUAAUACACUGCAAUAUAUAAAAUGUAUGAAACACACCUACAACUAAAACAUUAUUAAGUACAUCCAUUUUGGGUAACCACUCUGGUACACAACACUGAAUGCACAGGAAUGUUCACCAGCAGUUUCCACUGGACCUUAUUUAGUCUGACUGUGUUCGACAGAUGUUCAUAUCUACAUCAUUGAGUCUUCCCAUCACAAAGACUUCACUAUGCUAGAAUGGGGCUUUAGAAAAUCACCUAAAUAAUCUAAUGUUCUCUGUAGCAUAUUCUGCAUUUUCUACAUCUAAAAACGCUGUACAGUAUGAAUGCCACUGUGUCGAGUCGCUGUAAGAUGAAGACUGCUUGAAAAAAGUUUGUCCCAGACGUCUCUGUUGCUAGAGUUUGUAAAUUCUGAAGCACAAGUUGUUUUAAAUCAUUUCAUGGGGAUAACAUUUCUGAUGAUGCUAGCAUAGGCCUACGUAUGACGUUGUACAGCCGACUACUAGCAUGAAACAACGAGUCUGGAUAAGAUUAGAAUGUUCUCUUCUGCAACAUAAAAACUGAAGUUGACUUCAAUAAAAAGCUUUGGAAAGUAUUAUUACUCAUUUAUUUGUUUA